AGUUACCAUUGUCUAUUUGUCUGCGUAUCGGUCGCCCUAUGACUCUGCUGUAGCAAACGUAGUAGUGAGUGUCUGCUUAACGGCAGUGCCGGACGUAAAACUCGAAACAUUUAUUUAGCAGUGAGUGUCUGUGUCUGAUUGCAUCCAGUGGCAGUGGCGGUAUCAGUACUGGCAUCGGUUGCAAAUGUUUUUCUUGUGGCUACCGCCAUUGGCCCUAGCAACUGCAGUAGAGGCGAUCAUAGGCUAGCCGCCUGCCCCUUUCGUGGUCCAUCCACUCCCCCCUGCCUCGACCCCUCCCCUUUCCCCCUAGAUUUAGGCUGGACUGCUCUCACUCGGUAGACUAGGGGCCAACCCACGGACCACCGCCUGCCUGUCCGACCCCCACCUGUCAGCCCGUCGCAGCCCCCGGCGCAGCCGGGCCUGCUACCACUGCUGCCUGUCUGCCCGCGCGCCCCAGCCCAGUGACCUACUUUGAGGGCUGACUGGCAGGCUCGGUCGCUCAGCGUGGCUGCUGACCGGGGCCGUCUUCGAGACUGCGCCAUCGUCCGCCGAAACCACCGCUGUAUAUCUUUCUUUCUCUUUUCCGGUCCGUCUGUGCCGUACUGUGUCGUUGAGUCGAUCGUCCGUGCUGCUGUGCUGUGUUUUGUUUUGCUGCAUGUGGUACGGUGCGUGCCAUUGCCGUCGCGGCCCUUUUCAACGCUUGCCCCGUGGGCUGUUGUGUUGUACCCGCCGUUGUCGCGGCCUCGCCAGUCGUAAUAGCAACAACAACAGGAAUAGCGCCAACAUUUCGUCGACAACAACAAUAGCAACAACGGCGACGUCAACAACAGCUACCAUUAUGAGCAGAGGUAGCAACAAAAGCAGUGACACUGCUUACUAGUGAUAGCGUUACGGCGAGCAAUAGUCACAACAACAACGACAGAAUCAUCCGGCAACAAGCUAUCGCGGCCGCCUUCUGGCGCGGUGCUCGACACAGCGCAGCUACAACGACAACCAACAACCAGCGAUAGAAGCAGCUUCGAAGGACGAAGCGGCUCCAAAGGCAGCAGCAGUAACGCUAGCAGUACUGCUACCACUGCGAUAGUUGUUGAAUAGCGGCAGCAGGAGCCAGAAAACGAUAGCAGACUGUCCAACCAGGCGUCCAUGUAGCGCUCUCUCUCGAGGGAUCCGUCCGACAAAUGUCCGUCGAUUCCUCGACGAGGAGUCGAGACUGCGGGUCUGGAAGAUUCUGACGGCAGUGACGACGGCGCCAACAGCUGCGGCGAUCAUCCUUCACGCCGGCGAUUUCUGUGAACACUACUAUAACUGCAGCGGGUUCCAACAGUUAUACUACAGUAGCGCGACGAUAACGCGAAACUGUGCGAAGUGACUGUGCGACGGCUAUCUUGAGUGUGUUAAGUGGUAAUCCAGUCCUCACGGCUCGCAUAUACUUGUGUUGUCAGAUGUGUAGUGCUUUGUGGUAAAAGUCGUGCAAAUUUAAUUCAUCGACAGAAGUUUGCACUGCUACGUAUAUUAGUUCGCUCGUCUAACGUGAAAGCUCUGUGCGCGUGCAAGUAGUGAGUGAACCCGACUGGAGUGCGGACUAUGCUGGCUGUGGCCGGGGGCGAGCAGGCCAACUCGCCCGAUUCCCUUAUGCCCCCCCCCCACACCAAUAAUAGCAGUACUAAUCAAAAUAAUAGCCUCGGAAGACAGGACCAACAAAAGUCAACAACGAAUACUACUAGCACCACGACUGCUCCGACGACAACGACGACGCUCACGUUAAAAAACGGCGCCAGUUGUGAUUCUGAGAAGACCAACUCGAGCACCGCGUCAGCCUCGCAAGGGCCGAACCAGUACAGUGCGGAUACGUAUCAGCCUCCGGUCAACGUGAUGGCAGUCAGUGGAGUUGCAGGGGUUACUGGUGUGUCAGUGGCACCGCCCCCUGGUGCCGUUGUUGGCCACGCUAAUCCCUCCCUCGAACUUGCGGUCAUUUCUCCGACCAACUCGGCCGCACUCGUCACCUCGGCGGAUUCCAAGGAGGGCAUCGAGGAACUGUGCCCAGUCUGUGGUGAUAAAGUGUCUGGCUACCACUAUGGCCUACUUACGUGUGAAUCCUGCAAAGGCUUCUUCAAGAGGACGGUUCAGAACAAAAAGGUCUACACAUGCGUGGCUGACAGAUCGUGCCACAUCGACAAGUCACAGAGGAAAAGAUGCCCCUUCUGUCGCUUCCAGAAGUGCCUCGACGUCGGGAUGAAACUCGAAGCGGUGCGAGCGGAUCGGAUGCGCGGCGGACGAAACAAAUUCGGUCCAAUGUACAAGCGGGAUCGUGCGAGAAAGCUGCAGAUGUUACGCCAGAAACAGCUGGCGUUACAAUGCGCUGACUCCAUGUCCCCCAGCACACUGGUCUCUAUCGCCACCAACCCAUACCCCAUUCCCACUGCUUCGGUUUCAUCGCCAGGUAUGUAUGAUACGAACGGUGGUGGAACGGGUGGUGUUAAACAAGAGAUUCAGAUACCUCAGCUGAGCUCUUCCACCUCUUCACCAGAUUCUUCGCCUUCUCCCCUGCAAACGACGACGACAACCACGAGUUUAUCCGGCCUCACCAAUACUACCACGACGGAUUCGAGUAUCUCCUCGCUGCUUGACAUCUCACUCCGCCAUCCAUUCACCACAAAGGUAACUCCUCUAAACCCGCAGGGACACUUCGAGACGCCGAAAACAUCAGCGCCUAGUAACAAUAAUAACAACAACGUGAGCUGGGUCCCGCAGGUUGCAGGCACGGGUGGUGGAUCAGGGGGCGGAGGCGGUGCGAAACAAAACCUCGUUCCGUUCCAGAAUUUCGAAAGUGGCUUAUCUUCAUCCCAAUCGCCUCUGCCACUGGUGCUAACCUCACAAGCGCCGUCACCUCAAUCGAAAAUACCGCACCUCGUUCGAGAGCUCCAAAAGAAUAUGACAGACGACAAGGAGUGGCAGUCCCAACUAUUCCAGCUACUACAAUCGCAAACAUACAACCAAUGCGAAGUAGACCUCUUCGAGCUCAUGUGCAAGGUUAUUGAUCAGGCACUGUUCGCUCAGGUCGAUUGGGCACGCUCGACAAUCUUCUUUAAGGAACUCAGGGUGGAUGAUCAAAUGAAGCUAUUGCAACAGUCCUGGUCGGAUAUGUUAAUCCUUGAUCAUCUGCAUCAGCGCAUGCACCAUUCGUUACCUGACGAAGCUGUACUACCUAAUGGACAGAAGUUCGACCUUGUCUCAUUAUGUCUCCUCGGAGUUCCAGCUAUGGCAGAUCAGUUGAACACUGUGACCCAUAAGUUGCUUGACCUACGAUUUGAUCAGAUCGAUUUCGCCUGUCUUAAAUUCCUCAUGCUACUUAAUCCAGAUCCCUCUUCAGCUGAGGUGCGCAGCCUAUCGAACACACGGUUGGUUACGGAAGCCCAAGAACAGACGAAGCAAGUGCUUCUCGACUAUUGCACGAGCAAUUAUCCCAGCGUCACUGAUAAAUUUGGUCAACUGAUGGCGAUCCUUCCCGAAAUCAAGAGCAUGUCAAUGCGGGGUGAGGAGUUCCUAUUCUUUAAGCACGUGAAUGGAAAUGCGCCGACCCAGACGUUGCUCAUGGAGAUGCUACAUGCGAAACGGAAAGCCUAAGAUAAGCCAGUGGGUUAAUCCGUCCCCAAGUUCCCCUCACCUGCUAUUAUACUAGACGCCUUCCUUGGACGGGAAACCGUUUGAGGGACACGCAGACAGGCCGUCCUACUGCAUCUCACGAAGUCUGGCGACCACACACCUGGAACCACGACAAGAACAUCUCGAUCAUAAUCGAUGAUGACUCUGAUCCUGCCCCUUCAUCCCUCAGUCUAUUUGAUAGGACAACUGUAGAUAAACAACAGCUGGAAUAGUGACAACAACACGGAGCCUUUGAGGUCGUUCCAUAGUACGCAGUCGUUCCGAAAGAAUUAAGAAGUAUAGGAUGAGAAGGCGGAUAUAUUAAGAUGAAGAAACAAGUUGUUCCCGAGUGAUUUUUUUGUAGCUCGAAUCUGUAGUAGUCGUCGCCGCCGUCGUCGUCGUCGUCGUCGUCGUCGU